GUCACGUGAUCGGCUACGCGUGUAAAAUCGCGUUCGAUUUUUUCUUAUCUGCAGAAUUAUUGACAGGAUAGUUUUUAGAGACACAAUACUAAAGAUGACAAAUUUCGAAGAACCCAUAAAUGGUACAAUCAAUUAUCUUUUCGAUCCUAAUAUUUUAGAAGAAAUAGACUGGAGUAAAAUAAAGUGCAACUUUCAGAAUGGGGUUUCAUAUAAGAAACCAGGAGAUGGAUUGGUUGUACGUCCUUUAAGAGAUGAUGAUAUACAUCGAGAUUAUUUAUUACUUAUGAGUCAGUUGACUAAAGUUGGUAUAGUCACGGAAGAACAAUUUAAGAAAAGAUUUGAAGAUAUGAAAAGAUGUGAAGGAACGUAUUAUAUACUGGUUAUAGAAGACAAAUCCACAAACAAAAUAGUUGGAUCGAGUAGUUUAAUAUUCGAACAAAAGUUUAUUCAUUCUGCAGGUCAGAGAGGAAGAAUUGAAGAUGUUGUUGUCAACGGUGAUUAUCGGGGAAAACAGUUAGGAAAACUACUUGUUCAACUCUUAGUAUUAUUAGGCGAAUUGUUAGGAGUUUAUAAGUUAUCUCUUGAAUGUAAGCACGAUAAGGUUGGAUUCUACGAAAAUUUUGGUUUUGCAAAAGAUGAUCAAGCAUUUAUGAUUAGAAGGUUUAUAGAAAAAAACUAA